GCCUGGUACCUGGGCCGAAAGAGCCUGAAAUUGGGGCCGAUAGCGCCUGAAAAAAACGGGUCCGAAAGAGCCGACAACCCAUGUAACAUUCAUUAUUUUGUUGUACUAACCUGUUUGCUUUGUUGCCUGAGCUAAACAUUGUCCAAUUCAUCUGAGUGUCCACAACUCCAUUAUUUUGUUGAUAGUAACAACUCACAAAUACAUUUUUACCUCAUGAGCAUAUUGUAUUAUCAAUCAUUUAGGCAAAAUGUAGAGUGAAUUGUGUUAACUUUUCCAAUGAUUUUGUCGUUUCAUAUUUUACACUUGUAGUGUUUUUACCGAAAUGACUAUGACCGUACUGUCCUGACCUACUUUGGGACCGGUGCGCAGGUAAGUUGUUCCUUUUACUCACUUCAUGAUUACCUCAUUGGCGACGAGGUUCGUUGUUUACUCACUCGGAGUAAGGAGGGUAACUUUUCUACAAGUUUUGUCCUUUUUUAAUUUAAAAGUCAGUCUUUUUCAAUUCUAUAGGGUCCAGACUACAUGCUUUAAGGAUAUUUACGGAUUUAAUUGAGAAUUUAGGCUAUUGUGAGCGUUUUAAAAACUUGGAAUUUUUUUAUCGCACGUGGACAUCGCACGUGGACAUCGUGGUCUGAGAAAAAACGUGGUCUUUGCUCAAAAAUUAUUUUUUGGUCCUUUAUUGAAUUCUUUCAUUUAUUUAUGGUUUUGAAUUGCAUUCUAUUGCAUUCAUUAACCGGACCCAUUGUUUUUUAUUCCCAAUUGUGACUUUGUAUUUUGACUGUUGUGUGUUUGUGAUAUUAUUUUUUUUAAGGUCUUCAUUGGUAAGAAUACAGUUUGUUUUGUUAUAACUUACCCUACCCAAAAAUGGCCUUAUUGAAAAUAAAUUUUGCAACGAUUGAAGAGUUCCGUUUGCUUCCGGGGAUUGGCGCAAAGCGUGCAACCCUCUUGCUUCAGUUGAGGGAUAAGUAUGGCCAGCUAGAUGAGGAACUGUUUUCCAUUGUAUUUGGUGGCCCUGUCCCUAGAAAUGUUUUGGACAUGCUUGACUUCACUCCUAAUAUACACAAUGUUGAGGUUCCAUUCCAAACAGAGGAAGGGGAGGAGUUGUCUAGCUAUGACAAUGCCCCUGAUUUCCGGAAUAUUUUGAGUGCUCCCACAAGUGAGAAGCAGUCUCGAGCAGUCUCCAAUCCUGACCAGCUUGCAGAAUUGUUCUCACAGGUAGAGCAUUCAUAUUCCGCAAUAGGGGAUAUCACACGGCGUCUUAACUCCUUACCGGAGGUACCAAGUUCACAUAUGGAAAGAAGCAGUCCUCAAUACAUUAAAAGUGCAAAAAGGCUGAGCUUUAGUUACCCCUCAACUGAAGCACCCAUCUUGGGCACUGACAAAUAUGCGAAUAGGAUGCAUACAGCAAAUGCACCCAAAGUUCGCCCAAAGCAUGAAGUCAAGAGUGUCCAAAAGGAGUACUCUGGCAGAGAUGUUCUUAGUUCUCGCCAUCAUAAACGAUGUCGCAAAUCUCUGUCAGGUCCUGUGGAUCCCCAUGAUAAAUCCUCUGCUGGGACAGGACCGAAGCAGGGUCCUCAGCAUGAUGGGCGCGUGUGGGACCCAGGAGGACAAGUAUCUGAAUGCAUGGUCUGGUCAGAUCAGCUUAACAAUGGCCUGCACGCAGAGGUUUUGCAAAAAGCCUGCAAUUGUGAUUCCUGUUUUGAAAUAGCCAUAUCACAUGACCCAUUGAACGUUUGCACUAUAAAAUCUUAGUUAGAGGCAACUCCUGAGGUUCCAGCAAGUUGGAGUUUUACCAAUCAAGAAUUGUGCUCUGCUCAGGGGAGAGAUACAAAUUUACAACUCAUUCUUUCUUGGCUGCUGGAGAAUAAGGCACCAGAUGAAGGUGUGUUAUUUUUGUCUAGCCCUGAGGCCAAGUAUUUCUGGAUAAACAAAGAAAUGUUCAGCCUGCUGGACAAUGUUUUGUUUAGAAAGAAAGAUGACUCUCCUGAAUUGGAAUUAGUUGUGCCCCAAGAACUUAAAGAGCAAGCAAUAAGGUGGCUUCAUGAUAUACCUUCUUCGGGACACCAAGGGGUAGCACGCACAAAGGCAAAAUUAAAGGAAAAAUUCUUUUGUUCAUUUGGCUAGAGAUGUCAAUUCAUAUGUUUUGUCAUGUGAUGUGUGCAGUCGAAACAAGAAAAACAAAGCUUAUGGGGUAGUACCCAUGACUGAAUAUCAGGCAGGUGCUCCCAUGGAACGGGUACACAUUGACUUUUUAGGUCCCUUACCUAAAACUGAUAAUGGUAAUGAGCAUUGUUUGGUAAUGGUUGACCAAUUUACUAAAUGGGUUGAAUGUGUACCACUUCCAUCACAAAAAGCUGAUGUUACAGCUAAGGCUGCUAUUGACUCAUUUUUCUCGAGGUUUGGCUAUCCAUUUCAAUUUUUUUCUGAUCAGGGUCGAAACUUUGAAAGUAAGCUGUUUGAAGCACUUUGCAAAGCAUUGCAAAUUCACAAAUCUCGAACAACACCCUAUAGACCAUCAGCAAAUGGUCAGGUUGAGAGAUUCAACAGGACUCUGAUGGAUGCAAUAAGAUGUUUUCUUGGCAAGUCUCAAAACAGGUGGGACAUAUAUGUGCAGCAAAUAGCUGGUGCCAUCAGGGCUUCAGUAAAUCGCAGUACGGGUUAUACACCUAACCGGUUGAUGCUUGGCCGUGAGGUGAAUACCCCUGCACAACUUAUGUUCCCCAAUGUACAACAAAAGUCUGAAUGUACUGAUGACUAUGUUCGAGACUUGACUGAAAACAUUGAAAAAGCUCAUUCUGUAGCAAGAGAUACACUAAAAAACACCCUUAAACGUAUGAAAAGAAAUUACGACAUUAAAGUAUUGCUGCGGCCAUAUGCAGUAGGUGACAUUGUCUAUUUGUUGGAUACAGCCAUCAAAAAAGGCAAGUGUCGCAAGCUGUGUUCACCUUGGAAAGGGCCCGCUUUAAUUUCUAAGAAAUUGUCUGCCUAUUUGUAUCAAGUGCAGCUAAGGAACGCAUUCUUUGUUGUAAACCAUGACAGGAUAAUGCCCUGUCACGAUCGCAAUAUCCCUGACUGGAUUGUAAGGCUUAAAUCUCAUAUUCCAGAUGCAGUCAUUGAUGCACCUCCUUGUGAGGAAACCGAUUUGUACUGUGUCUGUCGAAAACCUUGGGAUGGUCGCUUUAUGAUACAAUGUGAUUUUUGCGAUGAAUGGUUCCAUGGCUCAUGUGUUAAUGUAACAUCCACUUAAGCACUUGAUAUCAACAAAUACAAAUGCCCAACUUGCCGUAACAAUUAAUGCCUUUAUUAACUAGUUUCAGUAUAUGCUGAACAAGUUUUGUUUCAACUAACAUGUUAUUAACAAAAACUGAUAAAUGUAAAUAAAGGGUGUCACAGAAAUAAUGUUGUAUGUUACAGAAUGGAUCUUGAAAAUUUAAUUGAGAUGACGGAGGCAGAGGCUGAGGACCUCCUCCAUUCUGAUAGUGAGGCCCCGGAAGUUGAGCAGGGAUCCAAAGACCCUGAAACUUGUCCCGGUCCAGUAGCGCUGUCUAAUAUGGGGCAGCCUACCUCAAAACGCCCAAGUCAUCGUACGCGUUUUAGGAAACGACAGCGGUCAUUAGUUAAAGUAGGCAUGCCUUCAUCCUAUUAUCGUGGUGACUGUCUGCCGCACUCGGCUGCGCAGCGAUCAUGCACAAUCACUCAUCCAAGUAGCGCUGUAGUAGGAAUUCCUAUUCCAUUGAUGAGUGAGGAAGACAAUAUUGGGAGUGAGCGAUCUGAGCUUCCCCCAAUUUCGGCUAAGCUCAUGAAAUUAGCCGAUCCAUGCACGGCAGUGGCUCGCAUGGAUGUCCAUGUGAGUCAGGUCCGAGAAAAAUUGGACAAACAGGAAAUGCCCACUAAUCAGGGGUGUUGUGUGCCCGGCUGUACUAUUGAGGGACAAGAUCUUCCUCGGGUACAUGCUUUCAGGCAUCACAUCCCAGGAAUAUUUGAUGAUCGUAUGCCAUGUAAUGAUGCAUCAGUAGUUAAAGGACGAGUAAUGGCACUGACCCAGGUGGCGACAUGGUUACUCCGCCGUCCUUGCGUAUUGUCUGAGCUGGUUGACCUUGUUAACCGACAAAGAGUGCUUGCACCUUUGUCUGGCGUUCGAGUGUCCCCAGAUUGUAGGCAAGCGAUGGUGGAAGUAUGUAACUAUUUGGGGGUUUCGGUCCCUCAUCAAUUUGUCCUGUCACCUGCCAACUCCCCUGCUGUGUUAAUUCACUGGCGCGUACUUAGUUUACUAGCUGCAAUCCUUCAGCCAGAAGACAGGGAUUAUUGGAGAUCGGUUUUCCCUUGCCCUUCUGACAUACAGCUUCAGUCAGUUAAGAGUCUACCGGUGGCCUUCGAUUCGCAUUUUCAUAUUGACCGCUUGAGAAAUGCGGCUCAGGCCCCUUGCAUGCCGGUUGAUGAGUUGAUGGAGCUGGGUCAGGUGGAGGAUCACCAGCUAGUAAGAUUGGUUGGUGGCAUUGGGAUCUUUUGUGAUCCCAACACCUUCCCAUCCUCCCAAGACAUGUCAGGUUUACCAUUCAAUGUUGGAGUGGUAGUCGGACUGCACCCAAAACACUCUACUAUGAGCAAUGACCGCAUUAACAAUGCUCUAGAUCGCGUCCGCAAUAUGCUCAAGUGUGAAAUGGUAGUUGGUCUUGGUGAAAUUGGUCUGGAUCACUCAGUACCUGAUAAACAGUGGCCACGCCAGAAUGAUUUAGUGCGCGCAAUGUUGCACUUGAUCAAUGAUCGCCAUGUGGUGGUCGUUCACUGUCGUGGGGUAUCUGGUGACAGUGGAGUUGAGGCCUAUCUUCUGCUUCUGCACCUUCUGAGUCCCAUCUCAAGGACACAGAGAUUUCAUGUCCAUUGUUUCACGGGCGACACAUAUGUCUUAACAAAGUGGCUUGCAGCCUUCCCGAACACUUUCUUCAGUUUUAAUAGAAAUGUUCAGGGAUUCAGUCUGGACCAAUCUGAGGCUUUACGCUCUCUUGAUGAAAACAAGCUCCUUCUUGAGACAGAUGCUCCCUACUUCCGUGCAACUGGCCAGUGGUUUUCAGCACCAAAUCAGCUCUUUCAAAUUGAUGAAGGUGUUGCCAAGUGCCGAAACGUACCGGUAGAGCAUGUCCUUGAGGUGAGCUGCAAUAAUGCAGGAUUGUACAGAAUGCAGUAGUCAUCUCUGUGCUGUAGGUUUCUUGUUAUUGGAUACUUGAGUGAUUCAUAAAAAUAAUUUGUCAUUUAAGCAAAGAUGAUAAAUCCAUGCAUUUAAAUUGUGUUACCUACUCAGAGGUAGAGGUUAUCUUUAAUAAUGCAUAGGCUUUAAUUUGUUAUCUUUAAGUAAAGAUGAUAAAUUCAUGUAUUUAAUGUUAUAUGUGUACCUCCUCAGAAAAUACUGAGUAGGGGUCACCUUCAAUGUUCCUUUUAGGAUCCUGAUUAAUUUACUUGUUAAAUACCUGUAAAUUCAGUAAAUAUAGGAAUUACCUGUCUGCACCUGGAUGUAUAACUUAUAUCGAAAUUAGUCCUUGUUUGUUCUCUCCCAUUAUUAAGUUCUUUUUAAAUAAAGUAGGGGGCAGUGUAGUGUUUUGACCGAAAUGACUAUGACCGUUCUGUCCUGACCUACUUUGGGACCGGUGCGCAGGUGGUAUAUAGCAACACUUAUCUCGGCUGUUGUGGGCCUAAGUUUGGUCAGUGGCCUGGCUGUGGCAGAGUUCGCAGCAUACUUCACCAAUCACACUGACAGGAACAUUCUACAGCCAUAUCGUGAUUUGAAACCACAGCAAGCAUUCAAGGAUGCAAACUUUAAAGUCCUCUACCAGACUGUGCCCCACGAAGUGUGGCUCACCGUGGUUGCCUUCACCUUCACACUGGGCUCCCUUGCAGCCCUCGCUGUAUUACGACUGCUCUGUAUUCACAUUUAUCUCAUGCGCCACAAUACUAGCACCUAUACCGAUAUUGAUGAAGAGAGCCUCUCAAUUUCAGAAGCAUAUACGCCGCAAAAGGUUGACAGCUACACGAGCGGCGCUACAUUGAAUUCAGGCUCCUUCACCAUCGAGCUCGUCACUGACCUCCCCUGGGUAAGCACAGUACAAACAACACGCUCAGCCAAGAAAAACAACAACCACUGCAAACUGGUAGUGGUCAAUGAGACAUGCCCCUGCUGUGACCAACCUGACAACAGCUCCGGCUGCAGCCUGGAGGUUGUGUCCCUGGCGACAUGCUCUGCAGAUCUGUAGACAAUGAACUUUAGACAUGCCAAACAAACACCUUCACCUUUUCUUUUAUUUUAUUUUUAAAUUUGGGGCGAAAAGAUUUUUUAAGUCAAAUUUUUGUUGGUAAACAAAAUAACUGCAAAAUAUCAAAUAUAUUUUUUUUAUAGAAAAUAGAUAUGAUUCCUAUUUUUUUUCUAAAUAAACAAAAUGUGUAGGUGUUCCAACGUCUAAAGCUGUGCAUAUGAUUUUUUUUUUACAUAAAAAAUUAAUAAAGUACAUACCACAGUUAAAUUUACAAAAAAAAUAAAUAGCAAAACAUAAUGUUGGGGAAAAAAGAACACAUAUAAAACCUGAAUGCUUUUUUUCAUAAAACCAUUUAAGAAUUUAGAUUUUUGUAGUUAAUCAAAUAAAGUGAGAGGGUUGUCACAGAAAUGUUUGGACUUUUCUUAUUUACAAGAGUAUUUUUUUAUUUGUGCAAAUGCAGUACAUCAUGGUGUUUAAUUUUUUUCUGUGCAUCAGACAAACGUUUCAUAAUAAUGGAUUAAAAAGUAUUUGUGUUACAUAUCAAAUAAAACAGUCAAUUAAAGCGGGUAUAUACGAUUUUUUAUAUGUGUUUAAUUGUAAUAUAUUGAUAAAAUAUGUUACAAUAACACAAAAUAGGCAAGAAAAAUUAUACAUUAAAGCCGAAUUUCAUAAAAUGCAGCAAAGACAAAUUAGCGCCCCGAGCCGAUAGUGACGUACAUAUUUUCCUACAAUAACCGAAGCAUUCGUCUUUGUAUUAGGAUCGGAGAUAGUGUUCGUGUGUCGUAUGAAUAGAUAUCGUUGCAGGAAUUCAAAUAAACCGUUAAACUAAGUUUAGAUGCACAUCGUACAUGUAUGGUAUACAUGCUGGCGAAUUCGGCUGUACAGUCGUUUUCAAUUUCAGAAUUAAAUAUCUGGCUUAUUUCGCAUUUUUCGACAUAUGUUCUUCUUCACUUUUAUUUUAAUUUAUAUUGAAAUAUAUAUAUAAUAAGUUUUUUACACAGUUUAUAUAAAUUCAUAAAUAUUUGACAAAAUCGUAUAUACCCGCUUUAAUGCGCUCAGAUGUGCAGUAAGUGGGUUGUAAUUGGAACAUGGAAAACAUUAACAAUUUUCCAUGAAGCAGUUCUCACAUAGCAUUUCUUAUGUCUAUCGUACUUCUUGUCAAACAUUUAUUCUAAACAUUUAAUUUGACACAGUGUGCUCAGUGGCAGUAAACUGAUCAUUUGGUUCUUGUUCUGGGAAAACUGGGCUCAAUGUAUGUGCGUAAAGUGUUAUCCCAGAUUAGCUUGUGCGGACUGCACUCCAGGGAAACACUUUCCGCUUAGACCAGAUUUUGUUCAUAAGUCACAAGCAAUAAGUCCAGUUUUCUCAUAAAUAGGAUCACUUGGUUCUGAAUCAAGGUUUAAAACAUCUUGUUGUCUUCAUGCAGAUUUUUUUAAACUUGGAAUGUCAGAUUCUGGGAUUGGUUUUUAACACAGUUUGACACAGUGUUCUCAGUGGCAGUAAACUGAUCAUUGGGUUCUUGUUUGUGAAAACUGGGCUUGAUGCAAGUGCUUAAAGUGUCUUUCCAGAUUAGCCUGUGCGGACUGCACUCGGGGAAACACUUUCUGCUUAGACCAGAUUUUGUUUAUUAAGUCAAAAGCAUUAAGUCCAGUUUUCUCAUAACCAGGAUCACUUGGUUCUGAUUCAAGGUUUAAUACACCUUUUUCUUUUAAUUCAGAUUUAAUUUGGAAAGUCAGAUUCUGCGCAUAAUUAUUCAUGUUUAGUUUGACGCAGUGUUCUCAUUGGCAGUAAACUGAUCAUUUGGUUCUUGAAAACUGGGCUUAAUGCAAGUGCGUAAAGUGUCAUCCCAGAUUAGCCGGUGCGGACUGCACUCAGGGACAACACUUUCUGCCUAGACUGGAUUUUGUUUUAAGUCUCAAGCUUAAGCCCAGUUUUAUCAAAACAAGGCUCAUAUAGUUCUCAAUCAAGGUAACACCAUGUUGUCUGUUUGCAGAUUUUUGUUGACUUGCAAUGUCAGAUUCUGCGAUUUACCAAGAUUUGUGAAAAACUAAAUAAUGAAGCUAAUUCCACCUCUCUGUUCAAUGGUGUGUUUACUUCACAUCUAAUGACAACCGAUGAUGUGCUUGCGUAACUCAGCAUUGGAUGAUGGCACACAAUAAAAAUUAAGACAGAAACGGCUGACAAAAGACUUUCUAGUUGGAAAUACAAUAUAUCAUUUGUUUUAAACUCUUCUAUCCAGCAUACCCAGGUUGCUUGCUUCAAUUUUUUUAUAUGUGUUUAUACCAUUUUUCAAAGCAGUUUCUUGUUAACAAAAUAAUUCUAAUAGCAGAAUAAGAGGUAUUGAUAUGUUAACAAACAUUCCUAUAUUGUAAAUUGCUUAAGCUAUGGGAGAGUGCAAACACUAAAGUGACAACCCUCCUUGUACGUGCAUUUUGUGAACAAACAUAUUGAUUAUGUAUUUUAGUGUGGUGUGUACACAAAAAAAAGUUAAAAAUGGAAAAAGUAAAAAAAAGUAUAAACGGAUCACAAAUGGUAAAAAAAGUAAAAAAUAAAUAAAUAAAAGCAAAGAGAACGUUUUUUAUCAAAUCAUAAAAAUGUUUAAAAUUGUUUGAAUUUUUUUUAAAAUUCUUAUGAAAAUACAAAAGGUGUAUUGUUU